GGGUCUUAUUACAAGUAUUUUAUAACAUUCUAGAUUCGCAACUAUCUUUAACUGCCCAUACAUAUGGUCGUCCUCAAUGGAACCUCACCCAGUUGUCCUGGAUUUGAUUGAUGAGGUCGGCAACCCGGCUUACUUCCCUGAUCACAUGUCACCGGUCUCUCCACCACUUAGUUUUACGGAGCGUAUCAGUGAACUUUGGAACUUAAUCUAUCUAUACCGAGUGUUGUGGUUUGUAAGAGAUAUAGAAGAACAAGCAUUCAGAGAUUCCUUUGGUGCAGCUGCAGCAAAACGAGGAAUUACUUUAUCAACUUUGUAUGAUCUAAAAUACAAUGGUUCUAUGAUGUUGGCUAACUCCCAUUAUUCAUUGGGUGAUCCUCAGAGGUUGCCAGCAAAUUAUGCUGCCAUUGGAGGAUAUCAUAUAGAGGAUGAGAUCCCACCAUUGCCGAAGGAUUUACAAAAGAUUAUGGACAGUGCCACUGAUGGAGUUAUCUACUUUAGUAUGGGGUCCAUGAUGAGGAGUGAAACUUUGCCAAUGGAACUCAAAAGACAAUUAUUAGACGUCUUCUCAAAAUUGAAACAGACAGUCAUUUGGAAGUUUGAUGGAGAUUUAGAAAAUGUGCCUAAAAAUGUCCACAUGGUAAAAUGGGCACCACAGCCAAGUAUUUUAGCGCAUCCAAACGCCAAAGUUUUCGUCACCCACGGUGGUCUCCUUUCGACAACAGAAACUAUACACUAUGGAGUCCCUAUCAUUGGCAUACCGUUAUUUGCUGACCAGUUCCUAAACGUAAAAAGAGCAGUUCGUAAAGGUUUUGCUUUGGAAGUCCCAUUGGGAUACGAUACACCAGCAAAACUGGAAAUAGCUAUCCGAGAAAUUUUGUCAAACCCUAAAUAUCGUGAAAAGGUUAAGGAACUGUCCUUCAUCUAUCACCAUCGGGAGACAAAGCCUGGUAAAACCCUCAUACACUGGAUUGAGCAUGUCAUAGAAACCAAGGGUGCUCCUCAUCUGCGGUCACCAGCUCUUCAUGUUCCAGUAUACCAAAAACUCUACUUAGAU